ACCAUCCACUCAUGGCGAUUGGCUUGCCAUCCACUGAUCAUUUCGUGCUCCUCACCAUCCUCAUCUGCCUCCUCCUCCAUCAUUGCAGUGCAGUCUAUGAUGUCGAGUCAACCGCUGAGUCGGGGAAGCUGAUAUCGGCCCAGCUAAAGCUCGUCGGUGGGUCGACAGAAUUUGGGCCUGAUGUGAAGAGUCUCACCCUAACCGCAAGUCUUGAGACGGAUAGCCGGCUACGCGUGCGCAUCACCGAUGCUGACCAUCGGCGAUGGGAGGUCCCCCAAGACGUCAUCCCACGCCCGGCACCAGGGCCAGAACCAAAGGACGUUUUGCUCGACUCACCAGGCAAUCCAUCCAUGCCGAGCAACAGCACCAUGUCCAGCGCGUCUUCCGACCUGACCUUCACCAUCCACCCCAGCCCGUUCCGCUUCACGGUCUCCCGUCGCUCCACCGGGGACACCCUCUUUGACACUUCCGCCAACCUUGUCUUCAAGGACCGGUACUUGGAGGUGACAUCGGCGCUGCCGGCUGACCGAGCAUCCCUGUAUGGGCUCGGCGAGCAGAAAAAACAGACGUUCCGGCUACAACACAAUGACACUUUCACGCUGUGGAACGGGGACGUGACGUGGUCCGACCAACCGGACCUCAACCUCUAUGGCUCGCACCCGUUUUACAUGGACGUGCGCUCCGGCGGUGCCGCGCAUGGCGUGCUCCUCCUGAACAGCAAUGGGAUGGACAUACUGUACGGCGGAUCCUACGUCACCUACAAGGUGAUCGGUGGCGUGCUAGACUUCUACUUCUUCGUCGGUCCCUCCCCGCUCGACGUCGUGGACCAGUACACACAGCUCAUCGGCCGCCCUGCCCCCAUGCCCUACUGGUCAUUCGGGUUCCACCAGUCUAGGUAUGGCUACAAGAACGUGGCUGAUCUGGAUGGCGUGGUCGCCGGCUACGCCAAGGCCAGGAUCCCACUGGAGGCGAUCUGGUCGGACAUCGACUACAUGGACGGUUACCAGGACUUCACGCUGGAUCCGGUGAACUACCCGUCCAAGCAGCUCCGGCCAUUCGUGGACCGGCUCCACAACAAUGGCCAGAAAUACGUGGUCACCGUACACCCGGCUAUCAAACGGCAAGCAGCACCUCACGAGGACUUGUUCCUCAAGCGAAACGGCGCCAACCUGGUAGGCGAGGCGUGGCCAGGCGAGGUCUACUUCCUGGACUUCAUGAGCCCACGUAGCACCCAGUACUGGGCACGAAAGAUCUCUGAGUUUCGGCGGACCAUCCCUGUGGAUGGGCUCUGGUGCGACAUUAACGAGCCCUCCAACUUCAAGCAGUGGCAGCCUCUCAAUCAGUUGGACGACCCGCCCUACCGCAUCAACAACUCCGGCUUCCACCUUCCCAUCAACUACAGGACUGUGCCGGUCUCAACGGUGCACUACAACGGCGUGUCCGAGUACGACGCGCACAAUCUCUUCGGCCUCCUCCAGGCGCAGGCCACGCACGCCGGGCUGCUCAGGGACACCACACGCCGCCCCUUCGUGCUCAGCCGCUCUACCUUUGUCGGCUCCGGCCGUUACGCCGCGCACUGGGCCGGCAACAAUGUCGCGCGGUGGGACGAGCUUGCGCAAUCCAUCAACACCAUCCUCAACUUUGGCCUCUUCGGCAUCCCAAUGAUGGGCGCCGACAUCUGUGGCUUCAACGGCAACACCACCCAGGAGCUCUGCAGCCGCUGGAUUCAGCUUGGCGCAUUCUACCCGUUCGCCAGGGCCCAUGCAGAGAAGACAACCCUCCGGCGAGAGCUCUAUGUGUGGGAGCCGACGGCACGGUCGGCGAGGAAAGCAUUGGGGAUGCGCUAUCGGCUACUGCCCUACAUGUACACGCUAAUGUACGAGGCGCACAUGACGGGGGCGCCCAUCGCGCGGCCACUCUUCUUCUCCUACCCGCAGGAUGCCGACACCUAUGGCGUGGACAGGCAGUUCAUGCUAGGCCGCGGCGUGCUUGUCUCUCCGGUGCUACAGCCCGGCGCCACCACCGUGGACGCCUAUUUCCCGGCCGGCCGGUGGUUCAGUCUUUACGACUACUCCCUCGCCUACACCAUGAAGGUCGGCAAGCGCGUGACCCUCCCGGCGCCAGCGGACUUGGCAAACGCGCACCUGGCCGGCGGCAACAUCCUACUACUGCAGCAUGCCGACCUCACCACGUCCGCUGCACGCCAAAGCGAGUUCCACCUCCUUGUGGCGCUCGCGGAGAAUGGGACGGCCAGUGGGGAGCUGUUCUUGGAUGACGGCGACUCGCCGGAGAUGGGCGCUGUGGGAGGCAGUUGGACCCUGGUGAGAUUCAGCUGCGACAGGGAGGAAAGCAAAGGCAUGGUCACCACCAAGGUGAGUUCACAUGUGGUUCAGAACUCAUACGCGCCGAGUCGGGCGCAGGUCAUCGGCAAGGUGGUCUUCAUGGGGCUGCCGUCCGCACCAAAGAGCUUCGCUAUCUAUGUAAACAGCGUGCAGCUCAAGGCAGCCCGCACCAAGUCCCGGACGAGUGGAGUCUUCAGCGUCAGUGGCCUGUCGCUGGCAAUCGGACAGAAGUUUGAGAUAAAGCUUGUCAUGUCCCAUUAGUAUCGACACCAAUUGUGUAGUACAAAUUUUUAUCGGAAUAAAUAAAAGUUGAAUAUUGAUCUAGAGUGAUCUAUUGUUUAAUGUUUAAUCAUUUGAUCUAGGGUUUUAAAAAUGUCUUAACAGGUU